AACGAAGGCAGGAGUCCUAGUAAAACUGCGCAAAUACAUGAUGAUGCGUUCAAAUACAGUAAGAAAACGCUAACACGGCGAUGAAUGGCUGUUCCAGCCGAUCUCCUCUAUAAUCCUGACGCUCCUCAGUUUAUCAUAUCUAGAUUACCACACGUUUUGUAAUCUAGAAGGUGUGGAAAUAUUUACACAUUUCAAAGAUCCAUACUUCUUGGGACGGCGUGAGCUUCUCCAGACGUCAUUUGUUCCUGACUGUAUUUGAAUGCAGCUUCGUCACAGAGAAGGCGGCAGCUUCCUGGAUGGAACGCCAACACUUGAAUACUGACUUGACACAUUACAGCAGCCGGAGCAUGUCGGUACACGGUUCUGGUUCUGCUGUAACACCGAAACCUGCUUCGGUAGGGUGUGGACUGUCAUAGUUAUUUGCAUUUUAGUGAACGACACGGCAACCAGCUUCGUCGGCGGACGUUGUUUCUCCCAGCGGGCUGUGACUACACAUGUGUCCGUGCUUCAGUGCGACAUAGAAACGGCGAGCGGUCCAGGAGGAAGGAGCAUGAUGGACGCCGCAGCUCCACUCUGGUCCUCACGGAGGGGGUAGGAAGCCAUGGUUCCUCCUCCACACCCUGCCUGCCAGCAAGACAUGGCAAGCACCAGACCCAAGAGCAGCCAGGACAACCACCAUUCAACACCGUACGCUGCUGACAAUGGAGCCGACCCGGAGCUGAGCUCUGACAUCUUCUGCAAACUCUGCCUCAACGAACAGCCCUGUUCUGCUUCACUCAAGCUCCAGACAUGUGACUGUAUUUUCUGUUCAGAGUGUCUGCGGCAGUAUGUCCAGCUGGCUAUCAGGGAGGGUGGGGGGGCACCCAUCACCUGCCCUGAUAUGGCCUGCCAAAGGUCUGGAGCGCUACUGGACUCUGAGAUCACAAUCUUGGUGUCAGUGGAUCAAGCGGAGCUGUAUCAGCGCUUGAAGUUUGAGAGAGAGGUGAAACUGGACCCCAGCAGAGCCUGGUGCCCGGUGCUUGAAUGUCAGGCCGUGUGUCCUGUGCAGCUGAGCCGUGAGGGCGGACCUUCGGCCGUGCCCUGUCCCACCUGCCACACUGUCUUCUGCUCUGGGUGCAGGGGACCCUGGAGAGACGACCAUACCUGCCCUGAGCGGCAGCCCAUGGUUACCACGUCACUCUCUGGUGAAAGCAGGGAGGAAGCGGAUAGUAACACCGACCUCACCAUCAAACAAUGUCCCAUGUGUGGCAUCUACAUCGAGAGGAACCAGGGCUGCGCGCAGAUGCUCUGUAAGAGCUGCAAACACACUUUCUGCUGGUAUUGUCUACAGAAUCUGGACGGUGAUAUUUUCCUGAGGCACUAUGACAAAGGGCCGUGCCGGAACAUGCUGGGCCACUCCAGGGCCUCGGUGAUGUGGAACAGGACACAGGUGGUGGGUAUCUUGGUGGGAGUGAGCGUGGUCCUGCUGGUGACCUCUCCGCUCAUCCUGCUGGCCUCGCCCUGCAUCCUCUGCUGCUUUUGUAAGCCCUGCAGGGCCAAGAAGAGCAAGAAGAAGAAGAAGGAUGUGAGCCAGGCUAAGUCUUCCACAUCAUAGCAACCUGCAGUAACUUGCAGAGACUCUCCCAGGUUCAACUGACCGUUACCUAGGAGUUGUUGGUGUCUCCACUCUGAUGACCCCAUCAGUCCCCGUCUUCAUCCUUUAUGAUCAGCAAUCGCACAUAUUACCAUGAAAAACGAGCAUGUUCCCAAAUAAGAGAAGACGUUGCACAAGAGGAACUUUGGUUCUAUAUGACUCAGUUGAGCCACCUGUUAUGUUCAACUGUAAACUCGGACUCCAACUCCUUUGUGCCAGGUGCCAUGAAGCCAAGUCGGAGGCGGUGGAUGCAUAAGUGCCUCACUCUACUGUGCCUGGUGCUCGCUUCUCUUUUCAAUGCCUUCCAUUCUGCUGUGUUCUGAGAUUACUGAGAGGGUUCCGAUGACUGAUGAUUGUGAGUGGUUGCUUUAUUGCAGGAGAAGUGGAAUCACGUGUGCACCUUGCAUCCUGUACCAAAUGGUGCAGAGUUCUUCUGCGAAGACCAAAGGAUGUUGACCUUUGUGUGUUUAUUUGUAUUUAUGGGUUAUGUGUGUGGUUCCCUGGGCUUUAUUUUUCUGUUCUUAUGUUGAACGUUCUGCACCAGAGAUUUUCUAUCAGUGCCAUGGUAAUUAAAAUAGUAUCAAACAUGA